AUGCAACAAUCUUUUCAAUACUUCAACUACAACCCACAGCCUAUUCAAUAAAGUAUUUGGGCUCCUCUGCCUUCUAUGAAUCAAGUAAUCUAAGGUCUAUUAGCCGUACAUUAAAUGAGAAAUUAAGUUUUCCAAAAUAGUUUAUGUAGCACAGCCAGUAAUUCUCCAAUGUUAUCAUUCUAAGGAGUAAAUACCUGCAGUAAUAUGCAACAGCCACCUCUAGCAAGGUAAAUCAGCCCUCAGGUGCUAUUUAGUUCGAACAACCAAAGUUAAGCAAGCACCGAUUCAGGAAAUGAGCUGGAUUAAAUGCUACAUAGUCUAACCCAGAUUUAAGAUAGCAUAAAUGAGAAAACUAGGGAAAACACCCCUACUAAGGAUUCCUUAAUUUCUACUACAGAAACCACAAAAGGUGACUAUUAUCAAAAGGUUUCUACUAUCAAGGAAUUAAAUAAUAAAUUCAAAGAUAUCCCAGAGGACUUAAGUGUACAUAUUUAAACAGGCAGGUCUUUCGAUUUAAAUUCAGUAAGAAUAAAAAAACACGUACCAUCAACCUAGAAUUACAGAAUCUUCACAUUCAAGAAUCCAAAGUCAAAGCGUUUAGUAAAAAUAUUAUAGUGCGAUGAGUGUGGGAAACAAUUCCGUAAGUGGCACAAUUUUUUCGACCAUCUAAGGAUCCACACAAAUGAGAGGCCAUAUGUCUGCGCCGAACCAGGAUGUAACUUCAGUUUCACACAGAAAGCUAAUCUCAAUAAACAUAUUGAAGUGCAUACAGGUAUAAAAAGAUUUCAAUGUGAGAUCUGCAAUAAAUCUUUUUUCACAAAUUUUAAUCUCAAAAGUCAUUCUAAGACUCACAAGAGAAGUGAAAAAAAAAUGUUACACUAAAAGAAAGAUUGA